UCAAAUGCAAAAAAAGAGAAAGAACGGGGAGCGAGGACGGGGUUGGCGGACAGGUAGAGAGGAAGUCAUCGAUGUAUUUAUUUGCCUAGUCGAGAAAUGGACGAGAGCAAAACGGUUUUGGUUGAAAGCCUCAUAAUAUGGCUGCAAACAUUCAACAACUCUGCACCAUGCACAACAGUAGAAGACCUGACCACCGGAGUCACCAUAUCACAGACUCUGCAGCAAAUAGAUCCUUCAUGGUUCACCGACGGAUGGCUCGCUCGCAUCAAAACAGACGUGGAUGACAACUGGAGGCUGAAGUGGAACAACCUGAAGAAGAUCCUGCAGAUGGUGCUAGAGUAUUACAACGAGGUCUUGGUCCAGGGGCUGUCUGACUUCCCCUUACCAGACGUGGCCCUGGUUGCCGAGCACUCGGACCCCGUGGAGCUGGGCAGGCUGCUGCAGCUCGUCCUGGGCUGCGCCGUCAGAUGCGAGCGCAAGCAAGAAUAUAUCCAGAACAUCAUGACACUUGAGGAAUCUGUGCAGCACGUCGUCAUGGCGGCCAUACAGGAGCUCCUACAUAGAGAGACCAUGACACCCUUAGGAGCAGAGCUUUCUGGGGACCUGGAACAGCAGCUAAGAAAAGCUUUGGAGGAAGUGUCAGAACUUUCCUCUGAGAAGGAAGCCCUCGCACAACGCUGCCAGGAGUUGGACCAGCAGGUGGCCAUUCUCCAAGAGGAACAUAACAGCCUGUUGGCCGAGAAUGACAUCCUGACCGACCGGGCCAAUCAGUUGGACACGUUUGAUGACCCCAACACCCCGUCAGGGAGGAAGCACAGCCAGCUACAGCAGCAGCUGGAAUUGCUGCAGGAGGAGAACUUCAGGCUAGAGGCCGCCAAAGACGACUACAGGAUCCACUGCGAGGAGCUGGAGAAGCAGCUGGUGGAAGUUCAGCACCGCAACGACGAGCUCACGGGCCUGGCGGAGGAGUCGCGAUCGCUCAAAGACGAACUGGACGUGCUGAGGAACUGUUCGGACCGGGUGGUGAUGCUGGAGGCCUCGGUGGAGACGUACAAGCGAAAGCUGGAGAACCUGGGGGACCUGAAGAGGCAGAUGAAACUUCUGGAGGAGAACAAUACCAUCUACAUGCAGAACACAGUCAGCCUGGAGGAGGAACUGCGCAAGGCCAAUGCCGCCCGGGCACAGCUGGAGACGUACAAGCGGCAGGUCCAAGAGCUCCACAGAAAGUUGUCGGAUGAAACGAGGCGAGCGGACAAUCAGGCCUUUGAGUUGAAAAAGCUGGAGGAGAAACACGAGCUGGUGACCAAGGAGAAAGAGCGCAUCAUCAUGGAGCGAGACUCUCUGAAGGAGCUCAACGAGGAGCUUCGGUGCACCCAAGCCCAACAGCACCAGCUCUCCCAAGCAGGGAUGCUCCCUUCCACGAGCCCCAGUCAAGACAACCUGGCAGCAGAAUUGAUCCCCAUCGAGCACAGAGAGAAGUUCAUCAGGCUUCAGCACGAAAACAGAAUGCUGAGAGUGCAGCAGGAGGAAUUUGAGAGGGAGAAGAUCGCCUCCCUGCAGGCUCAGCUGGAAGACGCUCACAAGAGUCACAGCCAACUGGACACAGAGAACAGAUUGAGUCGCCAGCGGGUCAGCGAGCUGCAGCAACAAGUUGAGGACCUCCAGAAGGCGCUGCAGAGUCAGGCGGUCAAGCCCGAUGAUUCAAACCUGAAGCGGAAACUGGAUGCUCACAUGGUCCAGCUGAAUGAGGCUCAGGAUGAAAUACUGAAGAAGAAAGAGCUGCUGGAGGACUUGCAACCCGAGAACACUCAGAACUCGCUAAAGGUGGACGAGCUCAUGGCCGCGCUGAAAAAGAAGGACGACGACAUGAGGGCCAUGGAGGAAAGGUACAAAAUGUACCUGGAGAAAGCUCGCAAUGUGAUCCAAGCUCUGGACCCUAAACUGAACCCGGCCACCGCUGAGAUCCAGGUACUGAGAAACCAGCUGGCAGACAGAGACAAACAGAUCCUCAACCUGGAGCGUCAGUGCGAGCAGGCCCGACUGCGUGAGUAUGAGGAGAAGCUGAUAGUCUCCGCCUGGUACAACAAGAGUCUGAACUUUCAGAGGCUGGCCAUCGAGUCACGCUUGAGCGGCCGCGCCAGCCCGGUGCUAUCCCCCGGACAGUCCUUCUUGUCCCAACAGCGGCAAGUGUCCAACGCCCCUCGCCGGGCGCUCUCCGUCAGCGUGCCCAGCGCCACCUCAAAGUAGGGCCGCUUCAAGCCACGUGCCUCCCCUCGGUGUUUCCCAACCUUUAUUGGAUUAUUUGAGGUCGAUUCUGAUAUUUAGCAGGAAAAAAAAAAAAGAAAUCUGUAAAUUUUCUUCAUUAUUUUUUUAAAAAAAGGUUUACUUGAGUAAAAUCUCGAAAUGUAUGUAAAAUCACCAAAGGGAGGAUUGAAAAGAAAAGAAUUCCAACAAAAGAAGCUUGUCACCAUUUGAACAGCAUUUACUGUUUCAUCAGGCACGAUUUUAUCAGCUUUUAAUCAGCCGUUUAUUAUCAUCUGACAUAAUACGCCUGCUGAUGAAUCAGUCGAGCCCGGCUCUCGACGACCUCUCAUAUUGGUCGGGAAUCACUGAGCUAUGGGACUCAUCUACCCUCAAGUGACCUUAAACAUGUCCGCGCGUAAGGGAUGACGGGAUUUAAGGUUGCCCAUCUGAUCCGACGUCAUAUUUCCCACGCUGACUGAACAGGACCCUCACAAGCUUGCAUUCUGUACAUAAAUGUCGGAUUUGACUGUAGUGGCGCGACGGGAGGUUUGGUCGAUUUGGUGCCGGCCACCGACCGCUCACACCUACCAGGAAGUUGCUAAAAUACUAUUUUAAAAUAUGCUUAACAAAAUAAAAGCUUAUGUGAAGUACAAUCAGGAGAUAGCCAGCAUCUAUCAUGUUAGUACAGUUGCACUGAUAAUAUUGUGAUUUUUAACACCAGCUUUUUUUUUUAUUUUUAUUUUUUUAUUUAUUAUAUAAAUGUCCCACGCAGGAUUGAUUUUAUUCAUAAAUAUUCUGGUUUUUGGUUAAUGCUAUAAUCUGACCCCAAGUAGGCUGUAAGGAAGUGUUAAUAUCCACAGGUACUAACCUGGUUAGAGCUAAAUGCAGGUUCUUGUAUGUCAAAUAGCUCGGUGCUUAUCUGUACCUAAUGAGAAAUGUUGAACAAAAUAAAAUUGUGAAUAUAAAUGA